CUUGUUUUCUGUUUGAUUUUUUUCCCCAACAGUUGCACUGGCCUGUUGUCUUGAGCUCAAAGAAAACUCUCUUCGCCUUCGUCUGCACUAUAUUUGCUUGUUCAGAGCUCGGAGCACACUCGAAUCAAGGGGAAUACCUCUAGCAGAAGAAACGGAAGAGAAAAGAUGAGCAGCAUAGGCACUGGCUACGAUCUCUCGGUGACAACCUUCUCUCCGGACGGCAGAGUUUUCCAGAUCGAGUACGCCGCCAAGGCCGUUGACAACAGCGGCACUGUAAUCGGCAUCAAAUGCAAGGAUGGAAUCGUCAUGGGUGUGGAGAAGCUGAUUGCUUUGAAGAUGAUGUUGCCAGGAUCUAAUCGGCGAAUUCACUCCGUUCAUCGCCAUUCCGGCAUGGCUGUCGCUGGGUUAGCUGCUGAUGGGAGGCAAAUUGUUGCACGAACUAAAUCUGAAGCAACCAGCUAUGCGAAUGUCUAUGGUGAACCUAUUCCAGUGAAAGAACUUGCUGAAAGGGUUGCUAGUUAUGUACAUUUAUGUACACUUUAUUGGUGGCUCAGGCCUUUUGGUUGUGGGGUGAUUCUUGGAGGAUAUGAUAGAGAUGGACCACAGUUGUACAUGGUUGAACCUUCUGGUGUCUCUUAUAGGUACUUUGGUGCUGCCAUUGGAAAGGGCAGGCAAGCUGCUAAAACUGAAAUUGAGAAAUUGAAGCUCUCUGAAAUGACAUGUCGGCAAGGAGUUAUUGAAGUAGCCAAAAUUAUUUAUGGUGUACAUGAUGAGGCCAAGGACAAGGCUUUUGAAUUGGAAAUGAGUUGGGUAUGUGACGAGUCUAACCGCCAACACCAGAAGGUUCCGGAAGAUCUGUUAGAGGAAGCCAAGGCAGCCGCCAAAGCUGCACUUGAAGAAAUGGAUGCAGAUUAGUUGCUAUAACAUGAUAAAUUGUUAUUGUACUGUUGCUUUAUUGAAGCAGAUUUUUCAAUUUUCAAUGUACUUUAGCUAAGGUGUUUCUUAUUUAAGUGUUAGUGGAUUUGGAACCUUUAUGCGUUCUAUUCUGGUGUUUCAUUAAAUGUAUACUCUGUUGCUUUAUGGUUUAUUGUUUUAUGUUAACAAACCUUUAUAACUCU